AUGGUUUCGACACUCGGAGACUACGGAUUAGCUAGGUUAGUUGAUCAUUCAAAAGGGUUAAAAAACACUCUUUUAGCAAGGGUGGGAUACAUUGCUCUUGAAUGUCUAUCUUCGGUCAAGGCUAGCGAAGAAUCCGAUGUAUAUAGUUUUGGAGUAGUGGCAUUAGAAAUUGCUUGUGGUAAAAGGUCAAUUGAACCCAAAUUUCAUGAGCUUGACACUCUAUUACUUCCAUGGGUGUGGGAGUCAUAUGGAAAUGGAAAGGUUCUUGACGUGGCUGACAAGAAAAUGGGAAUGGAAUUCGACCCAAAACAAAUGGAAUGUUUGGUGAUUGUUGGACUAUGGUGUGCGCACCCAAAUCUCAAACUAACACCAUCAAUCAGGAAUUGGAACAAGCGAGCCAGUAUUUGUUGGAACAACGGAAAUGUAAAUAUACACAAUCGCAACAAGUAA